UCUUUUGAAAGGUGCAGACGGAAGCAGUGCCCAGCUGGCUUGACGUCUGCCUCACCUACAACUUGGUGCGGUCAUGGCGGGGCGGGAACGGGUCGUUGACCUUCUCAGGCAGCUCCAGCGUGCGUCGUGCAGGUGUCCCGCUCACUCCAGCACCUUCCACCAAGGUGGAGCUGCAACAUGCAUCGUCCAGAAAACAGACUACGCCUUUGAGAUGGCAAGCUCCAACAUCAGAUAUGGACAAGGAGUCAGCCGAGAGAUUGGCUUGGACCUUCAGAAUCUUGGAGCCUGGAACGUCUGUGUGAUGACGGACAAGAACCUGUCCCGACUCCCCCCGGUGAAGUCUGUCCUGGAUUCUCUGACCAAGGCUGGAGUCGAGUACAAAGUCUAUGAUAGCGUCCGGGUGGAGCCCACCGACACCAGUUUCAAAGAGGCCAUCUUGUUUGCUAAGAGCAACUCCUUUGAUGUGUUUGUGGCGGUGGGCGGCGGCUCUGUGAUUGACACCUGUAAAGCUGCCAACCUGUAUGCGUGUCACCCUGACGCCGACUUCCUGGACUUUGUCAAUGCUCCGAUUGGUAAAGGGAAGCCGAUCACCAGAGUGCUGAAGCCGCUCAUCGCAGUUCCUACGACUGCAGGCACCGGCAGUGAGACCACCGGAGUCGCCAUCUUCGACUUUGAGCCUCUGAAAGCCAAAACAGGUAUUGCCAGCAGAGCCAUCAGACCCACGCUAGGCAUCGUGGACCCGACGCACACACUGAGCAUGCCCGAGAGGGUGGCUGCCAACAGCGGCUUCGACGUGCUCUGUCACGCCCUGGAGUCCUACACCGCCCUACCCUACAACCAGAGGACGCCCUGCCCCCCCAACCCCAUCGACCGCCCCGCCUACCAGGGCAGCAACCCCAUCAGCGAUGUGUGGUCCCGCCACGCCCUCCACAUUGUCGCCAAGUACAUAAAGCGAGCGGUGCGGGACCCUGAGGACCUGGAGGCACGGUCCAGCAUGCACCUGGCCAGCGUGUUCGCCGGGAUCGGCUUCGGAAAUGCUGGAGUCCAUCUGUGCCACGGGAUGUCGUACCCGAUCUCCGGUAACGUGAAGACUCACUCAGCCAAGGGUUACAGUGUGCAGCACCCCCUGGUGCCUCACGGCCUCUCAGUUGUCCUCACGUCUCCGGCCGUGUUCAGCUUCACCGCCCCCAUGUGUCCAGAGCGCCACCUGGAGGCUGCAGAGAUCCUGGGUGCAGAUAUCCGGCAGGUGAAGAGGGAGGAUGCCGGUGCUGUCCUGGCCGACACGCUGCGCCGUCUCCUAUUUGACCUGCAGGUGGAGGAUGGACUGGGAGCUGUGGGAUACAGUAGAGACGACAUCCCUGCCCUGGUGAAGGGAACUAUCCCUCAGGAGCGAGUGACCCGGCUGUGUCCCCGCCAGCACACCGAGGACGACCUGUCCCAGCUGUUCGAAGCCUCCAUGAAGAUCUACUGACACCACACACCUGUUCAACAGGGUUUGUGGGUGAAAAUGAUCCCAGGUCUGUUCUGGGCUGAGCUGCUGCCUUUUCGGUCUCACCUGCAUCUUCCAUCACUAUGUUGGUCUUUUAUCAGCAAUCACAUUAUGAUUUUCUGCUUCAGAGAGACAUCUUCACUAAAGAGCCACUUACUGGCUUUUCCUCUAGCUUUCAGCUGCAUCUCAGCAGAGAUCUCCUCAGGUCGCAUUCAUGUGAAAGCAGCAGGUUAAAGUACGCAGAGGCUGAGUGAAGAUAAUUCUGUUAAUCAGUGGUGCAGCCUCCAUUUAUUUUUAAGAUUGAUUAAUCAUUUGGAAUCAGUUUUCCUAAAGUCCAAGGAGACGUGUCCAAACGUUCGAAGUGUCCUGUCGAACACAACAGAAAAGCAACUAAAUGAUUUCACUGAUGAAUCAGUUGCCAACAGAUGAAUUUCCUGUCAGUCAACCAAGUGUUGCAGCUUCCUGUUAGAUUUCCUCACCGAUGUAAACAGAUGUGUUGUCUGCUGCAGGAGCUCAUUAAACAUCUGGAUCAGCUGGGCGGUGGAGGGUCAUUCUUCACAAACAUCAGGGGUCCACUUACUGCCUUUGCAUCGCAGCUUUCAGUCUUUUUCGUGUUGUUCAGUG